AGGAAGCCCUUACUAAGUUAAAGCAUGUCCGACUCUGAAUACGAAGACGAGGUGACUGAUCUUUCUAAUCCUGAUGUUACCACUAAGUACAUUGCCGCAGCCGGUAUCACCAACAAGGCCCUUGAGCUCGUCUUGGCUGCUGUGAAGCCGGGGGCUGAUGUUUAUGAUCUUUGUAGGCUCGGUGAUGACUUCAUCGAGGAACAAACGGGAAAGUUAUACAAUAAAAAGGUUAAGGGUGCUGUAGUUCCCAAGGGGAUCGCCUUCCCGACGUGCAUCAGCAUCAACGAAGUCGCCGGCCAUUUCAGCCCACUGCAGGGGGAAUCCAUCACCAUCAAGGAAGGGGAUAUCGUCAAGGUCGAUCUUGCCGUUCAAAUUGACGGUUUUAUCACUGCUGCGGCUAACACUGUAAUCGCUGGUGAUGCCAAGGCAACCGGCAAGGCCGCUGACACCGUCAUGGCCGCUCAUACUGCCGCUGAGGCCGUCCUCAGGAAAGUCAAACUUGGUAACACCAACACUGACAUCACGAACUUGAUGCAACAAGUCGCCGACGAGUUUGGCGUUCAGCCCAUCAGAGGUGUCCUCAGCCACCAACUGGAAAAGCACAAUAUUGAGGGAGAAAACGCGAUCGCUUCCAAGUUCACAGAGGACCUCAAGGUGCCCGAGUUUGUUUUUGGUCUUAACGAGGUGUACUGUCUUGAUAUUCUUAUGUCAUCAGGAGAGGGUAAGGCCCGUCCUUCGGCCGACAGGCGCACUACGGUUUACCGUCGAGCCCCCGGCAGGAAUUACACUCUCAAACUCGCUCGUGGGCGACAGUUCCUCACUGAAGUCGAUCGGAGGUUCCCCAGUGGGGCGUUCUCUCUCGCUGAUUUCAAGGACAUUACCGGAGCUAGAUACGGAGUUCAAGAGGCGCUCAAGCAUGAGCUCCUGCAUGAAUACCCUGUCCUCUGUGAGAAGCCCGGUGAGAUCGUAGCUCAGUUCAAGUUCACUGUUCUCCUCCUCCCCGGUGGAACUAAGAAGGUCGCGGGGCUCCCGUUCACUUCUGCUGCUCAAUUCGAGACGGAUAAAAGUGUCAAAAACGAGGAGUUGAAGGCCUUGCUGGCACAAAGCGCCAACCCUAAGAAGAACAAGAAGAAGUCGAAGAAAGCCGCGGCCACUACGCAGUAGAGCAGUGAUUAACUCUGAUUCGAACUACUAUCAUACGCACCUCGUGUGAGUGUUGGUCACCAC